UGUGGCCUAGCCAGGAGGCGCCUCCCAGGUGCUGAGCGUGUUGCGCGCCGGUUGUCCUGUAGUUUUGAAUAAAAAAAAACACACGUCCUUUACUGCAGCCGGACUAUUGUUUAGCUGGGGUCCAUCCACAGCCGCAGAUGCGUUUUGUAAACCCAGUUGGAUAUGAUUAUUUUUUCCGCUUUUCGGAUUUGUUCGUUAUCUUCUAACAAGAAGUGAUUCCGGGUCAGCGUGAGGUUUGAACGGUUCUCUCUGUGGAAAGUAACCAUUGUUGUAAUCAGGUCGAGGCUGUUUUCAUUUUCACUCACCCAUUCUGUUUAGUUUUUUGGGGGGAUUAUACCUGAAAAAUCUGGACAGCCCCUUCAGAGUGUCAUGAAAGAGAUGUCAAGCAACAUGCCUGGUGGGCAGCAGCCUCAGAAACAUUAUGGCAUCACCUCUGCCAUUAGCCUCGCUCCUCCAAGAGAAAUUGACCACCAGUACACCAAGAAGCUUUGUGAUGCAAUGAAACCGUUUGGGGUAUUUGAAGAUGAAGAGGAGCUGAACCAUCGACUUGCAGUUCUUGGGAAGUUAAAUAACUUUGUCAAAGAGUGGAUCGCAGAGAUUAGUGAAUUAAAGAAUCUUCCACCAUCAGCCAUUAGCUGUGUUGGGGGCAAGAUAUUUACAUUUGGUUCAUAUCGUCUUGGAGUUCACACUAAAGGGGCUGAUAUUGAUGCCUUGUGUGUGGCUCCACGUCACGUAGAAAGAAGUGACUUUUUCCAGUCGUUCUUUGAGAAAUUAAAACAGCACGAAGAAAUCAAAGACCUGAGGGCUGUUGAAGAUGCUUUUGUACCUGUGAUAAAAUUCAAGUUUGAUGGCAUUGAGAUUGACCUGCUUUUUGCCAGACUGGCCUUACAAUCCAUUCCAGACAACCUAGACCUCAGAGGAGACUCUAUCCUGAGAAAUCUGGACAUUCGCUGUAUCCGCAGCCUUAAUGGAUGUCGAGUGACAGACGAAAUUUUGUACCUGGUGCCAAACAAAGAAAACUUCAGGUUGACCUUGAGAGCUAUCAAACUGUGGGCAAAACGUCGUGGGAUCUACUCCAACAUGCUGGGUUUCCUGGGUGGAGUGUCGUGGGCUAUGCUCGUGGCCCGGACCUGCCAGCUCUACCCUAACGCUGUGGCUGCCACACUCGUACACAAGUUCUUCCUGGUCUUCUCCAAAUGGGAGUGGCCAAAUCCUGUGUUACUGAAACAGCCCGAGGACAGUAACCUGAAUUUACCAGUGUGGGACCCCAGAGUCAAUCCGUCCGACAGGUAUCACCUGAUGCCCAUCAUUACACCUGCCUAUCCUCAGCAAAACUCCACCUACAACGUCUCCACGUCGACGCGCACCAUCAUGAGUGAGGAGUUCAAAUAUGGCCUCAGCAUCACAGACGAGAUUCUCCAAGGGAAGGCAGAGUGGUCCAAGCUGUUCGAGCCCCCAAACUUUUUCCAGAAAUACAAACAUUACAUAGUCCUCACUGCCAGUGCAUCCACGGAAGAAAACCACUUAGAAUGGAUUGGUCUGGUGGAGUCCAAGAUCCGUGUUCUUGUGGGAAACCUGGAGAGGAACGAGUACAUCACGUUGGCCCACGUCAAUCCCCAGUCCUUCCCAGGGUCCAAGGAAAACCGCAACGAGAACGACUUUGUGUCCAUGUGGUUCAUCGGGAUCAUCUUCAAGAAAGUGGAGAAUGCUGAGAGUGUGAACAUUGACCUGACGUACGACAUCCAGUCCUUCACAGACACUGUGUACAGACAAGCUAACAACAUCAACAUGCUGAAGGACGGGAUGAGAAUCGAAGCGACGCACGUGAGGAAGAAACAGCUCCAUCAGUAUCUCCCUCCUGAGGUGGUGCAGAGGAAGAAGAGGAGCAUAGCAGAGUUGAACCGCAGCUCCAACGGUGGGAGCUCCAAGCGGAUCUCUCUGGACAGCAGUCACCUGGACAGUUCCAGGGACACGGACUCUGGGACGCCGUUCAGCUCCCCCACCAACAAACCUUUAAAACCCACAUCAGACACUGACGACAGCGUCAGUCCUCCUAAACAGCUUUUUGUAGAAGUUUCCCCGAUGGCCAGUGCAGCAGAAGCAACACCACCAGCAGCAGCAGCAUCAGCAUCAUCAUCAUCGGCGGCAGGAGCAGGAGCCAGAGUCUGCUGCCACAGACCAGGGCAUGUCGAUCCCUGUCAUUGGCUCCAAACCUCCAGUGAAAGCCAGGCCUCCCUCCCCACCAGCCAGCAGCAGCAGCGUGAACCCUAAUGCCACCAGCAGCCCCAAAGAGGAGCCCAACGGACUGGAGGACUCCGUCAACGGAGCUCCUGCCAAGAGACCACAUUCACCCACACAAGAGGACGUGGCCAAGAGGCACAAAGACGCAGAGGUGGUGUCCAACGACGACUCCAUAUUUAAGGAGCCGUAUCCACCCAGCUCUGACUCCUUUGUACAAGGAGAUGGACCCAAU